ACUAACAGCUGGGCGUAAGGAACUCUUUGGUGAAUGGAGAUUUCACCAAUCUUAGCAACGUGGAUUAUGGGCCUUGUUUCCAAGGCCGCUAUACCUGGGUAAGGAGUAUUGCACAACUAUAAAUACACGUCUGUGGCUGCUGAAUGGGGAGAUAGAGUUUCCAGACUCCUCGCCGAACUGCCUCCUCAACAGGUUAUUACAGGGACCUAGUUAACACCACCUGACAUCUCAAAACCUACUGUCAGGAAACUGUUGAUGAAGUCAUCCUAAUAGCAGCGUUACCAUGAGUAAGGAAGGGGAAGUAAUACCCCUGGCGGGCCCGGGGAGUAAAAUCAUCGCCCUGGCGCCUCCUCUGAGGAAACACUUUCCUCGCGAGGGAAAAGCUGUGAUCGUCGACUUUUCUACAAACAGUCUCAAACAACUGCCUAUCGAGAUAUGGAAAUGUGAAGAGAUCAUGCUCAAUGCCACGAGAUUUCUGGCAGAGAACAAUCGUCUUAAAAAACUACCAAAGUCCAUCUCUGACCUGGAAGUAUUAUCAUUUGUUGACUUGCGCAAUAACGCACUGACCGCGAUACCUGCUACGAUCUUUAAAAUAAAAACACUGGAGAUACUGGACAUGACAAACAACGUCGUCAAAAGUCUCCCAGCCACCAUCAACAAGGCACAAUCCAUGCACACGCUCCAUGCGUCAAACAAUAAAAUCAAGGCCUUGCCCAAAACCAUCAACAAGUGCCCGGCUCUAACGCACAUAGAUGUCUCCUAUAACGUGAUCCGAUCCAUUAAGAAGACGGUGUACGAAUUGGGAGCUCACAUUAUACUCAAACAGAAUAAACUUGUGGAGCUUCCCGAUGCCAGUAUAAAGGCUCCGGCUCUUAAGUCCCUAGAUGUGUCCUACAAUCAGAUAUCCGUAAUACCUGACAAUAUUCACAUGGUGACAACUCUGACAUGGCUUGACUUGUCACACAACGAACUGGCAGAUAUUCCUCGGGAGUUGGGAUUCCUCAAAUACCUUAGCUUCUUGGACAUUUCGAACAACAAGAUUGUAUCACUACCGGAGGAGUUGGUGAGUCUGCAAUUUGCUCUGACGACUCUGAAGGCGUCAAAUAAUCAGAUCCGGGCCCUACCUGAGGAUAUCCAUAAACUACAAAGAUUGACAAUUCUAGAGGUGGCGGACAACCAACUGGAGAGCCUUCCGCCAAAGUUCUAUGAGCUCAAGGGUCUAAAGACCCUGGAUUUAUCCGGCAACAAACUCACUACGGCAGUCGGCAUAACGAAACUGAAAGCCGCCGAGACUGUUAAAAUUGCACGCAAUGCUCUCACAACCCUUCCUGAAGAUCUACCAAGCAUGAAAUGCCUCGUCACGCUGGACAUAUCAGGAAACCACCUCAAGAUUUUACCAGAGAAUAUCUGCCGUGUUGCAUCACUGAAGGACUUGGCGGCUGCCGAUAACAAAAUAACUGCGAUUCCAGAAUCACUAGGGGACAACCAGCUCCUUAGGGAUGUCGACCUCAGCCGGAAUCGCAUUCAAGGGCUUCCACAGGACCUCAAGAAGCUACGUAGUCUGGAAAGUCUGAAAAUAGGACAUAAUCAAGUCUCGGCCUUACCAAAAACGUUGGACGUUCUCAAAUUCCUCCGUACGUUGGAUGUCAGUGGAAAUUCACUUACUGAAAUACAGCUGCCAAAAGCCAUUACACAUCUCAACAUAUCUCAAAACCCUGUAUUUUUACCAGCACAGGAUCCCAAAUCGGUGCUUGUACAACUGGGCGAGAAGACUUACGCCAAACAGAUCACCUUCCUCGACCUGUCAAAUAUUAAACUCGACGAAGUUCCUGUCAGUAUUGGUCACAUGAAGCUACUUAGAACCCUCAAACUAGCCCACAAUCUCUUGAAAGCGAUUCCCGACUACCUUUGUCGUCUGCGUUGCCUUGAGGAGUUCGAUCUGUGUAAUAACGAAAUAUCGGAGGUUCCGGACGCCAUUAAGAACUUGCAGAAUCUGAGGCGUUUGGACGUGUCUCAGAACAAGAUCGGAGAAUUCUGUGAAGGCAUGACUAAGCUUCACCAACUCGAAUUCCUCAAUAUAUGUUAUAACAAUAUAGUCAACCUUCCAGAAGACUUCGGCGAGCUGCAUAAACUCAUCUUUUUAGAUCUUUCCAACAACGAGCUAAUGGGGCUUCCUGAAGACCGUUGGGACGUUCUUGCAUCAAUGACCGAGCUUAAUGUCAACAAAAAUCACAUCAACAUGGUACCUAACGACUUACCGUACUUGUACCGAAUCCGAAUACUUAGAGCUGCCGGAAAUGACCUCACAAGUAUACCUGCUGAUGUAGGCAAGAUGCUCGGCCUUGAAAUACUAGACCUGUCAGACAAUCUCCUAGAGUCUCUCCCUGAUUCUGUAUGUAAACUUCCUGUACUCUCCGAUCUCAAUAUAUCGGACAACAAGAUCAAGGAACCCCCUCGGCGGUUGGAAAGCCUUAAACAGCACGGCUGCAAUGUCAACAUCGAGAGCCAGUCGCCGUACAAAGCGCGGGAACCUCCAGAUAUGCUUCAGCCGGGCGAGGUACAAACAGAUGACGACGGACCAGACGGCGGCAAGAAAGGUACGAUUAAGUCGGACGACUAGCAGAACGACCACAGCGGCGACCUUCACCCCAUCAACUCGACAAACGUGAAGAUAGACAAACUUUUUAAGGCAGAUCUAAUAUCACGCGAUUCCAGAAAUGGAUAGAAGUUUGUCGUAAAUUUAAGCAUGUAAAUCUAUACAUUGGCGGACAGAUGUGUAAAACACGUGCAAAUUCAAUACGUACCUAUAGCGCAAGGAACUGAACGCUGUCCGAGCUCAGCCAUCAGCGUUAUAAUCAUGAUAAUGAGACAUAUGUUAAUUACAUAAGAAUGGGAUUAUAGGUGCAAAAAAUAUCUCAUCCGGAACUCCUCGGGAACCUACAAUACUGUAUUUCAGCGACAAUACCCCAUGACUUCAGGAUGGGUGUUAUCUUAGAUACCGAGGAAGAUCGUAUACUCUCAAUAUUCAAGAUCUUGAUUUCAUUUAUCGCUGGUGAUAGUGACGUCAUAAAUUACGGAGGAGACCACAAUCAUCACAACCAAACGAAGGGGUCUGAUCUGUUACCAGAGUAACACGCUUAUUACCAACGAAAUGAGACAUUAAUUUUCAUUUGAAAGUUGGUAACCCGUCAAUUUUCAUUUACAUUAUAUAUAUUAAUGCUGUUUUUCAUUACAUGUGGCCUAUCUGAGUUAUGCAAACAUUAGCUGUUGACGCUUCUCGAAGCUUGCACUAGUAGUAAUAUAUUCAAUGUAGCAUGCACCUCAGCGAUAUCCUGUUACAUGGUUGCUAUGGUUACGGGUUCCACAUACUCUAUAUUACCCUUAAUGGAUGAGGAGUUGGUACUCAAAAUAUUUACUUACGUUGCACGUUUCAUACAUUGAUCAUUUUAUACAAUCAAACUUUUUUUUGUAGUUUUAAAUCAAAUCAUGUACAGCUCGGACUCGGGAUUUACCGGUCGUAUAUUGAUGAUACACAUUUAUUCAAUCAUUAUAACGAGCGACUUUGAUCAUCAACCAUUGGCUAUUAUCAGACUCUAAUGUUACAUAUAAACAUAUCGAUAAACAAAUAAGCAUGAUCCAUGGAACGGUAGACACGGUAUACUGCUUGAGAUUCGUCUAGACAUGCGCAAUGAAGCUUCCUGUUUCUGCACAGUUAAGAUCUUGCGCAGGAGUAUAGUGGGAGAUUCCUGACAUUCGAACGAAACUUUAGUUCUAAUUCAAAAUCGACAAAAUGAAGUGAAAAUAUGAACUCUUCGUAGAUUUACAAGAUUGAAGAUCAAGGCCAUGCGUUCCGGAAGAUUAAGGUCAUGUGUUCCGGAAGAUUAAGGUCAUGUGUUCCGGAAGAUUAAGGCCAUGUGUUCCGGAAGAUUAAGGCCAUGUGUUCCGGAAGAUUAAGGUCAUGUGUUCCGGAAGAUUAAUGUCAUAUGUUCCGGAAGAUAAAGGCCAUGUGUUCCGGAAGAUUAAUGUCAUAUGUUCCGGAAGAUAAAGGUCAUGUGUUCCGGAAGAUUAAUGUCAUAUGUUCCGGAAGACAAAGGUCAUGUGUUCCGGAAGAUUAAUGUCAUGUGUUCCGGAAGAUAAAGGCCAUGUGUUCCGGAAGAUUAAUGUCAUAUGUUCCGGAAGAUAAAGGCCAUGUGUUCCGGAAGAUUAAGGCCAUGUGUUCCGGAAGAUUAAUGCCAUUUGUUCCGGAAGAUUAAGUCCAUGUAUUCCGAAAUAUUAAGGCCUUGUGUUCCGGAAGAUUAAUGCCAUGUGUUCCGGAAGAUUAAGCGUCACACAGGUUGAUGAUCCAAGUCGUUCUACGCACACAUAUAUAUACCGUUUGCGUUCGCUGUAUAUUGGUUAAAUUAUCUUUACAAUUUUAUUUUUACAAUGUUUAUACAUUUAUUGUUUGUAAACCAAUCAAAACCUUUACAAUACAGCCUUACUAGAAUAACUCUCUAACUUAUCAUUACUUGUCAAAAGUCAUUAUACCAAUACAGUCGUGAUGUCAUUUCCCUAAGUAUGAUUUGGCCAAAAGUUGUAUUACGGCAUCAAACUUCUGUCAACGAGACUUGGAGGCAAAUGACUGCUUCUUUUGUUUUAAUAAAUCUUACAGUUAUAAAGUUGUGUUGACUAUCAA